AAUAUUCUUAAAUCUAACUGUUGACCUACAUUACGCUUUAAUUGUUGUGGAAAAAAUCAUAUAUAAUUGACGGUUAAUAUUCACAGAAAAAGAUCACUCAGAAGGUUUGCAUCGUUAAACUUUCGUUAUGGAUGUUAGUAUUGUAAAUUAAUAAUGGCCUAAUAACAUAAUUAAGUUAAUUUGUAUAUUUAAAACUUAUUAACAAAUUGCGACACUAUAUUGUUACCUACUCUGUUUUCGAUUUAUUUUUGUGUCACAUAUGGAAGUUUCUUUGGGGAGAAAAGAAAAUAUUGCACUUAUCUGUAAGGUGUUAUGUAUUCUCUUUUAUUUAAAUUUACCCUUAUAAAUAGUAAUUAAAUUAUUCGUGCAAGCUUAUGACUAUAUUGAGCAAUAUUUCUUGACUUCAGUAUCUGUCGGUCGGUCGCUUAGUCAUCACUGCAAUCUCGUUUCAUUAAAUACUUAUCUUUAUUGAUAAAAUAUACCAUUUAUAUAAAGCAGAAAUUAAGUUAACAGUGAACAGACAAUAUAUGUAAAUAUUUUCUAAAAAAUUUUACUUGACUUUCGCUUCUCAUUGUGUUUACGUUGUGAAUAAUGGGUAUACAUUGUGAAAUAAACCUUAAGUCGCCGCGAAAUGGUGUGUUUUUAUCUGGCAGUGUGAUCACAGGAGAAAUAAAGUACGCAGUGGAUGAGGUAACUUCACUAAAACAAGUUACAUUGUCUCUUAAAGGUAUUGGUACAUUACGUAUGAAAAAGAGAUCGGCAUCACGCCGUCGCCACGAUAAGUCCAAAGUUAUAUACCGCACGGCGAAGUAUGUAAACAUAAAGCAAGUUCUUUUAAAUAAAGAUGAUGGCGAUGGUAAUUUGGAGAUUGGAUCGUAUACGACGCCAUUUAAAUUUGAAAUACCUGAACGUAUACCAUCAUCUGCCGACAUAUUUCGGAAACAGGGCAACCACACAUUGAGAUACAAGGUUGAAUAUUUUAUUUCAAUGAAAUUCGAGAAAACAGCAUUUUUCUCUUUUACAAAACGGUUCAGAAAAGAUAUAAUAGUAUUAGCUGAUAUUAUACCGACGUUGCCACGGGACGCGAUGAUUUUUGGGGAGAGGAAAACACUAUUUCAACCAUUCUCUAGUACAGAAUCUAUAGUUGAUUUGAAGUCGACAAUUUUGUCUUCAGUCGUCCGAGCAGGCGACACUGUUCAAUUCGAAUAUGAAAUAGCUAACAAUAGCCAUGUGACAGUGAAGUCAGUCGAAACAAAGCUAAUUGAAUUGGUCAAGUCAAAAAAGAGUAGAAGUCAUAUAACAUUUAUAAAAAGUGUCGAUGGUACAGAUUCAAAAUCUGGAAGUAUCGAAAAUGGAAAAUCUCAGCAAAUGAUUACUGAUAUUAGAGUACCAGAGGAUGUGUUAACAAUUAGUGCUUGUAAUUUAGCAGAGAGGAGUUAUGCCGUUCUUAUAACAGUGGAGCUACCGAUUCCGCAUAUGAACUUUGAGCUGACAAUCCCAGUAGAAAUAAUGUUGAAAUCAGAUAGUGCUGUUGAAAUCUCUGGUGAGGAUGCACCACCGUCAUACUGGGAUGUUAUGUGUGAAGAUAAGAAAGAAUUAGAAAUGAAUAAAGAUGAUUUAGAUGGUGAAUGAUUUAUUCGACAAAGGAUCAAUUUGAGGAAAAGUUGAUUUAAAAUCCUAUUAAACCUCUUUUCAUAAUAGGAUAUAUUUAAAGUUGAACUUUUGAUAACUAAAUGUUUAUCGUGAAACACGUUUAUACUAGUAUUAACGAUAUUAUUUAUAAGAUUUUGUUACGUCGAAAUUAUGAUAUAAAUAUUCUGAAAGGCC